AUGGGGAAAGAGCGGAGCACGGCCACACCCACAAAGCACACAAGCCAGAAGCGGCAAGGAGGGACAGAGAAGCAAGCACCACACGACAGGACCCAUGAGAGGAGCGACCCCCCGCCGGGCGCCGAAGCACACGUCCCCGCCCGCCCCCCGCCAUGCCGCACACCAGCCAUCACCCCACCCCCUGCCCAUCCACCAACAAGCCAAGGGAGACACCCAGGAUGCAGGCAGACAACCGCCAGCCAGGAAACAGAGACUAGCCAGACACCAGCAAGUAGUGGGGACCGCCUGCCAGACCCCCACCAGAACCACCCCCAACCCCCCCACCAAAGCCACCCCCGAUCACCCCACCCCAGAGUAAGCAUCCCCUCGCCGAUCCCGGCCAGCGCCACACAGAGGAACACCCCGCCCCCAGCCCGCACGGGCACCCACACACCCAUCCGCCCGCGGCCCCCACCGCCCCCCCAUCCACCAAACCACAGCGACCCCGUCCCGGAAGGGAGAAAGGAAGAGAUCGCCCCACCCCAGCACCACGCAUCCCUCCAUUCCAAGCCCAAACUGCACAUCCAAGACCCCUACUUCCGCCCACCUCGGGCAUCCCAGCAUGCAGGCCACAAAGAAAGCAGGGCCCUCCAGGCCGGCACGGCCUCCAGAGCAAUCGGCGACGCCCAAAAGCUCCCAGUCACUGGGGGGAAAGCCACAAGAGCUGGAGGGUAG